AUGAGUGAUGUUGAUCCAGACCUUUUAUUAGCUAUUGCUCUCUCUGAGAGUUUAAUGGUACUUGGUAAAGGUGGAGAUGAAUCAACAAAAAAUGAUGAUCAAGAGGAUGAUGAAAAUAAUCCAAAUGAUAACAACAACAACAAGGAAAAUAAUGAUGAUCCUCCACCACAGAUCGCUAGCGAUUCACAAAAAGAUAGAAUCUAUGAUUACUUUGUUGAAUUGGUUGGUCAACUAAAGAAUGACAAGAUUGGCAACUUGACUCCACUUCUUUGUGUACUCAAAGAUCUUGUUUUACUUCCACAACAUAUUCAUUAUGUAACCAAGGUUUUGGAAUUGAUAUCUUUCCUUAUUAUCGAUGGAAAAUAUGGGGAUAUGGAUGUUCAAAAGAUUUAUUCAUUUAGCAAGGUGACUGUAGAGUUUUGUUUAUCGACACUUGAGAGAUGGAGUGAGAACGAGUUGGAUAUUGAUGGUAAUUUGGUUGGAUCGUCGACGAAUAUGACCUCUUCAACUGGAACGGCAACGGCGACCACUAUCACCAUCAAGUUAUCAACACCAUUGAUUUUAUUAUCCAUCAUUGAUAUGCUUUGUUGCAUAGAAUUCCCAUCCACCUCUAUCGACAAGUCACAGUUGGACAAGAUCCCAUCAUUCCUCAAUGUCACCAAUUUAGAUCGUUUUGUUGGUGUCACAGAGUCUAAAGAAUCAACAAGUGAAAGUAAACCAACAAUUGUAACUGAAGCUGUUGUUGUUUCUACUACAUCAUCCCCUUCUCCUUUACCUACUUCAUCAACAAUAGAAUUAUUUAAUCAAUUUUUAAAUAAUGGUAUUGGAAAGGAAUCAACACCAUUGAUAUCAUCAUCUUCUGUUGUUGAUAGUGGUGGUGCUGUAAAUAUAUCAUCUUCAUUGAUCCUUGAUCACGAUCAAUUAAACGAAGAGAUUCUAAAGAGCAAUACUACCUACUUUAAUAAGAACCUAAGAGGCGCCUCUCGGUUGUUGGCCAUUUGCUCCAAGCUCCUUCCGGCCUACCAAACCGAGAUGGAGGUUUCCGAAAAAUUUGAAUCAUUCCUUGCAAGAGAGAAUUUAAUCUACAACUUUCUAAGCAACGUUCAGGAUAUUCUAUUUUCCGAAGGUUUUGAACAACUUGAUGCUGCAUCGAUUCCAUGGACAAUCGACUUUAUUGCUCGAUUAAUUGGUACUUUUAGAUCAUAUCAAGCUUAUAAUCUUAAAGCAUUGUCUGUUUAUGAACAACAAAAAGAAACCGAACAAAAACUACAAGAUGGUGGAGGAGAACAGCAGCAGUCGACUGCCAAAACAACCGUUCCAUCACCUCUUAUUAAAUCAAAAUUAUUAUCAAGUCAAGUAUUUGAAAAUUUAUUUCAAGUUUUGGGUACAAAAUUAAAUUGUCCUGAUCUUCAAAUUAAAGCUGAAAUAUUCUUUUCACUUUGUAUUUUAAAUGAUAUUGAAAAAAUGAAUAUUAAAAUUCAAGAUAUAAUGGUAAAGGAUAGUUUAGUUGAAAAGGAUUAUAUUACUUGGAGUCCACAAUUGGUGAUAUUGGCCAUAUCAUUGAUUUUUGAUCGAUUAGAAUCAAUGAAUAAUAUUUCAGAUUCUGGAAGUAUCAACAGGGUGAUAUCACCAAUUAUGAUUAGCGAUCUGCCAUCGACCUUUGGCAGUGCCAAGCCACACACUAAAUUCCUUCACGUUUCGGCAUUGGAUAAGCAACUCAUUUGGUUUGACUAUCUCUCACCCAAGCAGUACACUGCUGCCGAGUUGACCUCUAUGUUUAUUACACCUCGACUCUUGGACAAUAUUCUUUCAAUUCUUUAUAUUUCCUAUUUCAAGUUGAAGGAUUCUCAACAUUCUGCCUUGUCAGUGACUGACUCACCAUCGUCCACUACUUCUACUCCUUUUACUACGCCCAUUAAAUCGGGUGGAUCCUCUACUUCUGUACCAGUUGCUCCGACCAAGGCUACAGCUGCAUCACUUAAUGAAUCAUCAGAUGAAGGAAUAUCAAUGUUUGGAUCAUUGUUUGAAUCUGGUCCUUCUCUUGGCAUGUCAACCACAGCUCCUCCAACAUCUACAACAACAACAACAACAGCUACCACCUCUAAUACAAAUGAAUUUGAUAUUCAAUUGGAAGGUAGUUAUCAAUCAUUUAUCAAUUUUGUAAACGUAACCUUUGCCAAACCGGCUGUAGUAUCCAAACUUUUUUCAUUCCUCAACGAUGUACAUUUGCAAGUCUUGUCGACCAUCCUUCUCUACCAGUCACCACAUGGAAGUUCCUACUCUCCAUACAUCCAAUCCCAAGCCAUCGCCAAUAUCUUGCGUUCCAUCAACCUCAACAUUAUCAAAUCUUUGGAUGUCUUGUCCGUCCCAUUACAAGAGAAAUGGAUAGAUUCCAUUUUUGAUUUAUGUAAUCGUACAAUAGAUCAAGAAAAGGAAAAAAAGACUACAACAGAGGUAGAAGCAUUGGCUAUUGGAUCAAUAUCACCACCACGUGAAUUAUUGUCAUUAUUAGGUUGGAUAUUUGUAAAGCGUCAACAAUUAAAAUUAACAUCCUCCACCAAUACUACCACAACUGCUUCUGAUGACAAAAUUAUAAUGACAUUGUGGGAAAGAUUUAUUUAUUUCAACAAUGUACAAAAUAAUCAAUUUGUCAGUGUGCCAAAGGAAAUGAUCAUUGGUUUUGAAUACAUUACCUUUUUAUUGUUUUCAUUCCAUAGUUUGAAUGAACAAAAUAGAUUGGCAAUCUUGCAAAAAUCUGUAGAUAUCAUUCAUCAAAUUAUUGAAAAGAGAAAAUCUGAUCAAUCCUAUCUUCCAAAUUCUUUAAUUUUCUCUAGAUUUUUAUUUAUCUUUAAUUAUAUAAUAUUUAAUUUUGAUAAAAUGGAAACAAAAAUUAGUAAAUUAUUUUAUGAAUCAGUGUUGACAUUGAAUCAAACCAAUUCAACCAAAGAUUUACCAUUGUCACUUGUAACAGUCAACUAUAAACAUAUUAUCGAUCAGAUCAAACAAUCGUCAUCGUCAUCGACAUUAUCUUCCAUCCCAGUAUUCUAUGAAUUCAAUUUCAAUAGUACAAGUAGUGGAGGAUUGUCAUCAUUUUCUACUUCACAUCUUCAACAAUGUACCGAUUUAUUCAACCGUUGCUCAGUUGUCUAUCAAGACUUUUAUAGAGAUGUUGUAUCAUUAUGUAUUAUGAAAAUAGAAUCGCAAGGUCAACCUAUAGAAUCACUCCUUUUCGAUUAUAUAAUUACCUCUGCUUGUUCUCUAUUACGUUCACUUCCUCCUUCAAAUUCAUUUAUUCAAAUGAUUAAAGAUCCUUCUUUAUUUAUUAAUAUAUCAAAUGAAACAAUUAUUUAUUUGACUUAUUUACAUUCAAUAUUGGUUCAUCAUGAAACAAAUAAGGAUAGUUUAAUUGAUAUACCUUGGAAUAUUCAUACAAAUAAUAUUAUAAAAUUAUUACAAUCUAAUAAUAAUAAUAAUAUUAGAUUAAAUAGUUUAUUACAAAGUAUAUUAUCAUAUUUGAUUGUUAUAUUUGAUCAACAACAACAACAAUCAAGUUCUUCAUCUUCGUCAAAGAAUGCACUUGGAGAAUCAGGUUCCGAUUAUAUGGAAGGUUGGGAAUCAUUGUUUGAUGAUGACGAUGAUGAAGAAGAUGAUUCAUCAGAUAAUGAAGACAAUUCAGAUGGAAUGGAUUCUUCAGAUUCAGAUGAAAAGGAAAAGGAUGAAGGAAAUCCUUCAUCUGCAUCAUCUUCACAACAAGAAAACAAGGAAUCUGGAUUGGCUGGUAUCAACAAACAAGCUUUAUUGGAUAUGUUGCCCAUUUUAUAUCCAUCUAUAGUCAGUGUCAUAAAGUCUGUUAAAUCACUCUAUGAAAAUGAAUUGCUUUCAUUGAUAAAGACUCCAUCGGUAAUGGAGAAUGACAAGAUCCUAUUGGCUAGAGAAGUCUUUUCACACGUCAGUGAAAAGUCAGAUGCCAUGCAGUUGAUCGAUUUGUUGGGUGUAUCCAAAGAAGACCGUGACGCAAUAGAAAAGUAUUGGGGUGUUGAAGUCAAGAUCGACUUGACAUCCAUUCCAAAACACCAGAGAUGUUCAAUGAGUUGGAUCUUACAUCCAGCUCUCAUCUACUCUGACAAGACUCUUACAGUACUCUCCAACCAAAUGUUGUUGAGAUCAUUGUCUGAAUUGUCUGAUCUAAUCACAAAAAUGGAUGAUAGUAACAAGGAAAGUAGUGGAUCUGCUACAACUACAGCUACUACAACAACAGCUUCAACAACAGUUGUAGAUUCCCCAAUGAUUAUUGAUAGUAAUCAAGAAGACAAGAAAUUGGUUGAAUCUUAUCGUUUGGAAUUAUCAUAUACACGUGCCGAUAUUUCAACAGACCAAUUGCUACUCUUUAGCAAGGAGAGUCAAUACUUGGAUAUCGAUUCACAAAGCUUGUUGUAUAUUGUUAGCAUGUCACAAAUCUCUUCGUUUGAACGUGUUUGUCAAUUACUCUCCAAGCAGAGUUUAGAGGUUCGUUCAGCGCCCGUCACUGAACGUAUCAUCAACUACCAUCUCGAUCACAUGACAGUCAUCACCAAGAGUUAUCCAUCCUACUUUUAUUGUCACUAUAUCCCAGCUUACCGCAAGUUGGUGUCUCCCAUGGGUGACAAGUUUAGAGUAGAGUUGCCACAAGGUGACAUUAGUCAGUUGUUAAACUUUACCAUUGAAAGUGAAAAGGUUGACAAGAAAUCACUUGGUGUAUUGAUCCAAAUCAUGUCAUUGCCAGUACCACAACAAAGUAUUGUUGGCGGUGGAGCGAAACUCGAGUCACUCAGAUCGUUUGCCAUUCGUUCCAUCCUCAAAGACAUUCCACAAGAACAAUUGUCAAAAUGGUUCCAAGAGAAAUUGUUGGGUUAUGUCAAGCAAGAUGAUUCCGCUGCUGCUGCUUCAUCUUCUGAUGCCAUGCAAGUUGAUGUCAAGCAGAAAUUGGUUCCAUCAACCAUCGAGAUUCAAGAAUUGAUUGUCAAAUUUAUCGGUAUCUUGACUGGAAGUAACGAAUUGGCUGGUUACACCAAGGAACAACCAGGUAGCAACGACAAACAACCCAAAGAGUCGGCAGCCUCACCUAGCUCAACAUCAUCAGACUCGUCAAGCGAUGAAGAAGAGGAGGAAAAUGAACGUCUCAAAAAGAAAAAGGCAUGGGCCAAAAAGACUGCCUUUGUAUCUCCACCUGCAUCAUCAUCACCAGCCGUUGGAAAUGUUUCAGCUGCUGCUGCAUCAUUAAUCGAUUGGGAAGAAAAGGUUGAGAAUAUUAGUCCAUUGAUUUACAAUAUUCUCCUUGGAUGCUUUGAAUCUGCAUUUACCGAUUGGAUAGACUACCCAUCACUACUCAAAGGAUACUUUGGAUUGUUACAAUACGUUGCAAUGAAACAACACAAACUAGUCGAUUUGUUUGAACAAGUUUCUCACCUCUCUGCCAACGUUCUUGUCAACCCAACUCCAUCUCAACUAGAGUCACUCAACUUGAUUGUAGAAUUUAUUGAAAACAUUUUAAAGAUUCUUAGAGGUGACCUCGACGAAGAUUCAAUGGACACCAAAACCGAACAACAACAUCACCAUUGUCAUCAUACUAGUGCAAAUAGUGAUCAAAAACAAACAACUGAUCAAGAGAUGGGAGAUGUUGGUAACAAUUUACUUUUAGAUGAUGAAGAAGAGGUAGAUGAUGACGAAGAUUCAAAGUGGAAGGCAUCCAACAGUGAAUCAAGUGGUAGUGGUGCCGAUCAAGCUGAUAAUGAAGAAGAUGAAGCUCGUAAACUUGCUAGCAAGCUUUGCACCUACUCUCAGACAAAGAAUGAUUAUAUGGAUCAACAUUGGUACUUUUGUUACACUUGCAAUCUAAAGACAUCAGAGGGAUGUUGCUCGACUUGUGUCAAGGUUUGUCACAAAGGCCAUGUCGUCAGUUAUAGCAGAUUCAGUAGAUUCUUUUGUGAUUGUGGUGCUGGUGCUGGUAAAGGUGGUCCAUGUAAAGCUCUCAAACCACGUGUUUACCAACCUGAAAAGAAAAAGCCAGCAACAGCAGAACAACCAUCUUCUGUUCCAAUCAGUCAACCAGUUGUUGCCGCCACUUCUCCUGCUACUACUACUGCUAUAGUCUCACCUUCUGUUGUUACUUCUUCUUCCUCUUCUUCACCUUCAUCAAUUUUUGAUGGAGAAUUAAGUCAAGAAGAAAAGAAAAAGAUAAUUGAAGAGAUUACAGAACAAAAGGUACCAGUCAUUGAAAAGAUUGCUGAAUUGUACCCCAAGUUGGUUCAAGCACUCAAAUCAUCAAGUGAAAAGGCAGUUACUCCAACCAAUAUCAAUACUGUCGAUGUCUAUGCCGUACCAAAGAAGGAAUUGGUGGUCCGCACCGACUUGGUUGUACCAAAAAAAUCAACAAAGGCAGGUGUAUUUGAUUCCAAGACCAAGUAUGAAGGUGGAAGCGAGGGUAGCCAACUCAAGAAUCUUGUCAAUGCCGGUUUGAUCCAAAAACGUGCAUUGGCAUCCAAUUCACGUGGUGUGGUUGCCGUUGCCGAGGGCGAGAAUGUGUCUCUUGUCAAUGUUGCCAAGUUGGUAGAUGAAGAAGCCAACACAGUCGACAGAGCUGCACUCAAGACAUUGUCAAAGUCUGCCAUUGGUUUCCCAGUCAUGAGUAUGGUGUUUAAUCCAACCAAUGACAAUUUCCUAGCUGUCGUAGGUGCUAGAGAAUGCAAGAUUUUGACUAUCAACAACAAGGAUGAAAUCGUUGAUCAAUUGGUCAUUGACCUUUCACUCUAUUCAAUUGGUGAAAACAUCUAUAUCAUCAAGGUUGAUUGGGUGGUUGGAUCACAAGUAGAGUUGGCAGUUGCUACAAACGAAUUUGUCAAGAUCUAUGACUUGUCCACUGACAACUUGUCACCAACCCACUUUUACACACUUGUUGAAGACUCUAUCCGUGACACUGCCAUCAUCAAAAAGGGUGCUCAGUUGCAUCUUUUGGCACUUGCAGAGUCGGGUAUGCUGUAUAGUCAACCCAUUCAACCUUCCAUCGACGAUGAAUCGUGUAUCAUGAUUGAAACGGUUCAGUUGCCGAUUGUCAAGCAGUCACCAGGUGUCUGUCUCUUUAGCGCUCCCGACAUACCAGGUAUAUUUGUCACUUUUACCAAUGGCGAAGCUUAUAUGGUUAAUUUGGAUGAUUCUGCCACCACAGUCGUCACGGCAGUCACCAUUCAAGACGUCAACCUCAAGGUUGCCAUGCCAUCAUGCUACUUUAUGACAUUGGCACCUGCCUAUCCAACAGUGGUCACUGCUCUGGCUGCUCGUGGCGGAUUUAUGGUGUCACUCAAGAUGACUUCGACUGCCGAAAUGCACGUACAAGCUAUCAAGAUGUCGUCCAAGGUCGAUGGUAUGACAUGGGUAAACAAGGCGUCUCCCAAGAUGCUUGUUCUCUUUGAGGAUGGAACACUCACUAGAUAUGACUAUACCAUAGACUCUCCAUUGACAUUGUCAUCAUCAAUCUCUUCUGCAUCAUCGCCACAAAAUGCAAUCGGUGGUUCACAACUAUCUAGUGGUUCAGGUAUUGACAUUUUAUCAAUCAUUUCAAAACAAAAACAAAUCAAAUCAUCAGAUGAACCAGCCAAAAAUGUUGCUACUACGACAACCACUGCAGCCGUUCCUACAUCUCCUUCUACUUCAGUUCAAAAGAAACCAAUAGUUUCAUUCCCAAUAGAUUAUUUUGAAAAGGUUGAUUGUAUAACAAAGAAUAUCAAGUUUGGAGGUGAUCCAUUACAAUCCUACUCACAAGAUGUCAUCAAGCAGAGAUUAUCAAACACUGAUGAAUAUGUAGUUUGUCAGGGACAAGAUACCAUGACCAUCAUUAUCUACAAUAAUAACCCAGAGGUUGUGAUUUGUGGUAUUGGUGUGUUGGUUGGAAAUGCUUCGACCAAGCACGUUCCAUCAGAGUUGCGUGUAUUUGAUCGUACGAUCACGUGUACAGAUGGUAUGCGUCGUUGGUACGACAUUCCACUUACAAACGAGGAGGCUAUAAAGUCGGCCAAGAAACUCACCUUGUUUGUAGGACCAAACGCCAGCAACUCGCCCAUCAUUGACUCGAUCGAAGUAUAUGGUACUCCCAAGGAUGUGAUUGGAUAUGAUGAAGCAGUUGAACUCGGAUCAAAGUCGAGUGCCGCCAAUUCAAUCGAUUCACUCAACACAACGGAAAUGGUGUUGCUUCGCACUCUUUCUUGUCUUGGAUUGUACUUUGUCAAUUGCAGUGACGAGGCAACUCGCGACAAUGCAGUGUACAAAUCACUCAAGGAAAAGACAACCAAACAGUUGGCAUCGUUUAUGACUGACCCACAACUAUCGUUCCUCCACCCCAUCGUCAAGGAUCUUCUCAAGAUACUCUUGCCCAACGAAGAAGAGUAUCUCUCACUGCGUCACUCUACUCUACUCAACCACUGCUCUGAAACCAUCUCAAAGAUGGUCGGCGGUGUUUCAACCGGUGACUUUGCCGAGAAUCUCGAGCACAUCAUUCUCAUUCUCAAAAAGAUUAGUUGCACUCGUCCCAACAACUUGACCACACAAAUCUUUUCCACCAAACCAACGUUCCUUGCCGACCUGAUCAAUGUGCAUCGUCAAGCUACCAGUGGUGGAAGCGGUCUAAACGGCAGCCUAGUCUCUGAGGAAGUCAUCACAAACCUCACCCAUUUGCUUUGGAAUUGUCUCACUAGUCGUGCAUUCUCUAGUGAUUACAUCCUCGGUCUUGUCAAAAACCUAUUGUCUCAUCCACAAGAAUCGAUUCGUGUUCGUUCCUCUAUUGCAUUGGUCUCUUUAAUUUCAAAAUCAAAUUUGAAAUCUUCUAUCAAACCUAUCGUCCCAGCUAAAUCAUCUGUUGUUGCGACGACUACAUCAGCUACAGCUACAGCAGCCGAUCUAAUUGAUGAAGUACACUUUUCAUGUGAUAAAUGCUCGGUUUAUCCAAUCCAACAAAAGAGAUAUCAUUGUGAAGUAUGUGGAGAUUUUGAUCUUUGUAGUGACUGUUACCUCAAAAUUACAGCCACCAAAGAGCACCCACAAGAUCAUCUUAUCAAGGAAUACCUAUUAGACGAGACAAUGACCGACGACAGUAGCAGCAACAAACAAGUCGCAGAGCCUUCUUUACAAGAAGGUACCUUUGAUGAAGAUCUAAAUGCAGCAAUUGCAAUGAGUUUGGAUGCCUCUCAACACCCAGACCAAAAACUAGUCAAUGAAGAGGAUCCAUUUGACAAUAUGUUUAGAUUCUUGUUGGACGAGUUGUUUGCAGUGUUGGACAAGGGUUUCAACUAUGCAUUACCAUAUGCCCAAGUAGUAUACACACUCUUUGUUCACAUUGGAACCGAUCUAAAGGCCGAUACAUUUACCAGAUUCUCAACACUCAUCAUGAAGCAAUUGACAGAAUCCCAUUCAAACUUUGAAAAGUAUCUCACUGGUAAAUCAUUGUCUUUAGAAGGUGACUCUGUCAUUAUUAUCCUAUUAUCAUUAUUAUUGGAUACCGAUAUUCAUAAACAACAACAUUCUAAAUCUUCAAACAAACCAUCAUCAUCAUCAUCGAACAGUUCUGUUAUCAAUGUCAAUCAAUUGGUAUUACCACAAACUUCAAUCUAUGCAAUCAGUGAAAACAUGGAAUCACAAGGAUUUAUGGACAAGGUUCUUAGAUAUUGGUUGGACCAUUUGUACCAAGUCAUUUCUAGUCAAGUCAAUUAUAAUAGUCCAGAGACCAACGCCAUGUCAAGUCCAUUUGGUGCAUUGUUGAUUAGUAGUCACUCUGAAGACCAAUCACUCCCCAAGAGUAGAUUUGCUCCAUUCUUUUCAAAGUCACUCCCAUCGUCACCCCAAUCGUUGCAACAAUCCAUCACUAAACAUCUCUUUAAACUUGCCAUCACUUUCUACAGAUGUGAUCGUCACCACCGAAAGGCCAACCCAUCCAUCAACUGGUUCACCCCAACCGCUGAUUGGAUGUCACUCACUUGUUCGUACAUUCACUCUAAAAAGACAACUCAAUUUGUAAAGUAUCCAAAGAAAUUGCUUCUCUUACUUGCUACCACCAAAGAAUCCUAUUAUGCCGUUCGUGAUGAAUUCCUUCUCAAAAAGAAAUAUUCAAAGAUUCAAGCACUCGAACGUCAAUACAAUGGUUUCACUGAUGAUAUUCAUUAUGAUCAUCUUAUCAAACUUAUUGGUUAUUUAUCUUCAAUGUUGGAAGUUGCUUCAACAAGACCUCAUAGUUGGCAAUAUUUUUGUACAAAUAAUGAUAUAUUAAAUGGAUUAUUUAAUAAUUUAUUCUUUUUACCAGAGGAAACAUCUCAAUUAAUUUUAGAAUUAUUGACAUUUGCUUUUGUUACUGAAGAACAAUCGUCAUCUUCUUCUUCUUCUUUGUCUUCUUUACCUUCUACUACAAAGAAUGAUACAAUUAUGCAAGAUUCAGAAAAGGUUACAAUGUUUUUGCAAGGUGAUUCAUUGGAUAUUUUAAUUAAUAAUUUAUUAUUGGAACCAAAUGCAUCAGACCUACGUCAAAACACUAGUAACUUUAUUUAUAAUCUUUGGAAAGCAUCAGACAUUGAUCAAAAGGUUCACAUUAACAAAUGUUUGUGGAGUAAAUUGGAUCAAGUCGUUUCCUAUGGUAAAAAUUCAAAUGAAUUUAUGGAACUUUUAACUUAUGUAAUUAAUGGUAUUGAUCCAAAUAAAUGGAAAGAUCAAUAUAAUGAAUUUGCUGAUAAAUUUAUUGAAUCAUUUAAAUUACAAAAUCAAUGUGUACAUAAUCAUCCAAAUUCACAGAUUUAUACAAGUUUGGGAUCUAUUUUGGAAUUGGAUGGAUAUUAUUUAGAAUCUGAACCAUGUCUUGUAUGCAAUAACCCAGAGACACAAUUCCAAACGGUUCGCAUUGAUAGUUUGAAACAAGAGUACAAAUUUACCGAUAGUUGUCAUUUGAUCAAGUUUAAUGGAGUCUAUAGCAUUCAAAAACUACAAAUCAACAUUCACGAUUCUAAAAAGGCCAGAAUGAUCAAGACCAUCAACCUCUUUUACAACAACAAGACCACAUCGGAUAUUGGUGAAUUAAAGGGCAAGUUUGCUCAGUGGAAAAAGUUAAAGCAAAUCCACUUUGCACCAAACCAAACGGAAAAGACCAUCAGAUUCCAAAUCCCGAUUGCCGCCACCAACUUUAUGAUCGAGUAUUUUGACUUUCACGACAAUCUCCAAGUACUUGCUAGUGAAAAGUUGCAAUGCCCACGCUGUUCGAGAACCGUCACUGACAAGCAUGGCAUCUGCAAGCAUUGCCACGAGAAUGCCUUCCAAUGCAAGCAAUGUCGCAACAUCAACUAUGAGAACCUCGAAGGUUUCCUCUGUAACGAGUGUGGUUUCUGCAAACACGCUCGCUUUGACUACCAGUUUACAUGCAAACCAACAGUGUCGAUUGAAAAGAUCGAGAACCAGGACGACCACAAACGCGCUAUCUCAACCAUUGACAAGGAGUCUGAAAAUGCUCACAAAAAGUAUCAACGUUUGAUUGGCUUCAAGAGAAUCAUUAGCAACUUGAUCACAUCCUAUCAAACACAGGAACCAUGGCCCAAGGAAGAGCUCUUUAAUCAACUUGGCAUUUCAGUUGCUGCAUCUGCUUCAUCGCCACCAAACGCAGCCGCAAGUGGCGCCGGCGGUGCAACCACCAGUGCUUCGAAUCCAAAUUCAAUCCCAUCGCUUCGUAUCAACCGAAAGAUUGGGUAUUUGGCACGUCUCUAUGAAAAAGAGUGCAAGAGUAUCUUUGAAAGUCUCAGCAAGAGUGUACAGAUCCUAUUGAAUACACGUAUGGAGAUUAUCAAAUACAUGAAUGUAUUGGCCAAGAAACCACGUUCCAAAGAGAUCAAGAGUCGUAGUUCCAACAAUUGUUUUGGUUGCUCCAACGCCUACACGGAGCAAUCACUCUCGUUCUUGAACCAUCUGUCACGUAAUCCUCAGUUGGUCGAUCUCCGCAACAUGCUCAUUCAAAAGGGACUCACAAAAGAGCUCUUUAUGAACAACAUCUACCACGGAAAGAGCGAUUCGAGAAAUAACGCCCGUCUUGCCAUCUCUUACCUCACCAAAAACAACCUAACGGCCACUACCGAGCUCAACGGAUGGAUCAGUGAAAAGAUAUUCUAUGCUAUUGAGAAUCACACCUCUCUCGACCUAUCGACCAUGAUAUCGAGUGAAAUGUUCUUGUUGCGUGAUUGUACUGCCCUGACUGAUAAUAUCUGGCAGACAAGAUUCCGUUUCAUCAUGGAAAUCUUUUUCAAAUCGAUUGAAGCUGGAUCCAACAAUCCAAUCAUCUCUGAAUACAUCACAUUACCAUGUCUCAAGAUCAUUCUCUCCUUGUGUACAUUGGAAAGAAACACAACUGACCUUUUACAAAAGGAUCUCAAUGAUACUGAAGAUCAUCAAAAGACACUUCGUCUAAAGUUUGAAAAAUUAAGAUCACUCAUCAAAUUAAAAGAACAACAGAUUCAACUUCAGCAACAACAACAACAAGGUGGUCAAUUAUCAUCAUCAGCUUCAUCAGUUGUUGUUAAUUCUCCACCACCACCUCCUCCAUCAGCAGCAGAAGUUCAGGAACCCGCUGCCACCAAGGAAAAAGUAAUUAGUACAAGUGGAAAUGGAUGGAAUUACUUUGAUCAAUCAGAAUCAUCUGUCAAAUUUGAUGAAUUCUUGGCUUCAGAUACAUUUGAUCAAUGGGCAAACAAGUAUCAAUCAUCAAUCUUUAAUAAUACAACUCCAACCACUUCACCUACUACUGCCACUGCAGCUACUACCACCACUACUACUGUAGUUGACAAGGUAGAGAUUAGAAACCGUUAUCUUACUAGUAAAUAUUUGGCCAAAUGGAAAAAACAAGUAAAGAAAUCUGCAGCUGCUACCUCCAACACCAACCCAUUGGAGGGUAUUUUCCUCGAAGAUGGAUGGGUUAGUAAGUUAUUGUUCAAUUCGACACCAUCAAUUCGUAGCGAAACCAUCAGUUUGAUGAACAUCUUGUCUCGUAGCAGUCAAGUACGUACCUACAAAUUCCUCGACCUCUUUGUAAAGUUGAUUCCACAUGCUUGCAAAGUUGGAGAAAACUCUGCCGAAUUCUUUUCACUCUUUGGCAAGAUUAUCUCGUCUGACGAGAGAAAGAUCUAUUUGACAGUCCGCGGAUUCUUGCCCUACUUGUGUGAUCUCAUCAUCCUGGAUAUCGAUCGUAUCAACUCGCUCGAAACCUCAUUCAACACUGACUUUAGUCAAGGCUAUGUGUUAAAGACACUCGUCAACAUUCUCAUGUCGUUUGUCGAUGUCUCGUCGAUCAAGCUCAAGAUGAAGCGUGACAACCUCAUUGAAAAGGUAUUGGAUGCAUUCUUGUCGCUUCGUGGUGUCAUUAUUCAAAAGAACAAGCUCACUGAAGAUGCCGUCAAACAAUUGCAAGAGUUGAUGAAGUCGCUCAACACCGAGUCGGUUGAAGACAACAAAAAGUUUAUGGCUGCCAAUGUCAAGGCACUCACCAAACACUCCAAGAAUGGCAGAACACCCAUCUUUAUCUUUGAGCAGUUGUGCAACAUUGUGUGUCCCGUCAAGCCCGAGCCAGUCUACCAGCUCGUCUUGAUCAAAUCAUCGACACAAGAGGAAUACAUUCGUGGCUCUAUGAAGAAUCCAUACGCCAGCAACACUGUCGGUUCUCUGAUGAGAGACAUUAAAAACAAGAUUUGCAAGACCCUCGAUCUUGGCACCUUUUUGGAAGACGACAAUGGCAUGGAAUUGCUUGUAGACAAUAAGAUCAUCAAGCUCGAUCUACCCAUCAAGCGUGUCUAUGAGCAAGUGUGGAAGCGAAGCGCCGUUGCCCAACGUUCGCAAGACAUCAACACGCCAAUGACCGUCGUCUACCGUCUCCAAGGUCUCGACGGUGAAGCCACCGAAGAAAACAUUGAAAACCUAAACGAUGACAAUGGCGAAGAAAAGGAUCCAGAGGUUGAGUUUGAAAUCACCAGUAUCUUUUCGCAGUGUGGCGGUCUAGAGGCCAUGCUGACAAUUGUCGAUGACAUUGCCGACUUUUCAUCCGAAAAGGAGUUGGCACACCUCGUCAUCAAGCUGUUGUUCCAUAGUUGCAAGAUCAAGGUUAACCGCGAGCAACUCAUCACACACAAUGGAAUUGGACGUUUGCUUGAGAAACUCAAAACAGCGUUCCAUCAACCUGAUCUCGCUGAAACGCUGCUUUUGAUUAUCGAGUCGAUCGUUACAGAAGCCAACCGCAGCUACUUGACCAACAGCAACUCGUCUACCAGCCAGAUCACCACCAACGACCAGCAUCACAAGGACACAAACGAAGCACAAGAGCAGAUGACCAUGUUCCUCGACAAGUUGGCCAGUCCGUUGGUACGCAACAACACACGUAUCAUCCAGGCCAUGACCCGUAUCAUUCCAUUCUUGACCUAUGGCCAUUCGGGUGUCAUCAACUCGUUGAUAGACUUUUUCCAACCCUACCUCAACUUUGACGAGUACGAUGCCGGCAAAAAGACCGACCCCAACGUCACUGCCCAUGUAGACUUUUUCACAAAGAUUGCCGAUUUUACGAGACCCGAUGAAAACGGCUCCAAGUUGCGUCAACUCGUGCUGGAACGAGGCAUUACCAAACAGCUCUACGAAUACAUUGACAAGAAUCUACCAAGCGACAAGGAUAAAUCGUCGCCAGAGUGGAUUGGGUCAUUGGAACGUGCCGCACUCCCAUAUGUACUCGUCCUUCUCAAGGGUCUUGCCAAUGGCCACGAACCCACCCAACUCAUGUCUGUCAAUGAAUUCAAUGUUCUCAAGCGUCUCCAUUUGAUGGAGCAGACAUCGACCACCAGCACCAAGAAUGUUGGUAGUUUGGCAGAAAACUUCCUCGAGUCUCUUCAAGUCAACAACAAAAAGAUGGCCGACGAAAUUCACAACAUUCGUACGGAAUCAAAGAGAGAGAAACUUGCACAAGCCGAAAAGCACAGAGAAAAUGUGCUCAAGGAGCUUGGUCUCUCGCAACAAGGCAAGCAUAUCACUGCCAAUGUUGUGCCAACUAUUAUCGAGGAUCUAGAGGAUGAAGAGGGAUUCACAUGUAUGGUGUGUCGUGAAGGUUACAACUUUAAACCAGACGAUGUUUUGGGUAUCUAUACCUACUCUAAACGUGUUGCACUUCAUGCACUCAACGAAACCACUGCCACUCCAUCAUCUUCUGGUCAAUCUGAAAGAAGAGAAUCAUCGGGUGGAAAUGCACACUGUUACACUACUGUCACUCACUUUAACAUUAUUCACUACUAUUGUCAUCGUGAUGCCACCAAGGCCGACAAGAGUAUGAAGGUGCCCAAAGAGGAAUGGGAAGGAGCUGCCUUGAGAAAUCAACAGACCAAGUGCAACAAUAUCUUCCCCAUCCAAGGCCCAAAGAUCACCAACGAUGCCUUUACACCAUUCUGCGACAAGUAUUGGACCAACCUCAACAAUGUCGGUCGUAUUGACGGUAGCAAUCCACGUUUCCGUCUCCUUGCCCACGACCUCAAACUCUUGUUCCUCAGAUUCGCCAAGGACGAGUCAUUUAGCACCGACUCUAAAGGUGGAGGCAAGGAUUCCAAUAUUAGAAUUGUACCAUUCUUUAUUCAGUUUGGAAACUUUUUGUUGGACCAAAAGAUUGUCGGCAACCAAGCCAACCAAGUCCGUCGUCCACACUUUGACAAGCUAUUCAACCAGUUUGUCGGACUCUCGCUCGAAUCAAGUAUCAACAACUGUACUAUUGAAGUGGACAAUGUCCCCUACUAUCUCGUUCUUUCACUCUACCUUCAAUCGUUGAAGGAUUGGAAAUCUUCAAGAUUGAAUUUCUUGUCAAAAUUAAUAGCCUAUGCCUUUUCCGAAAAACAACCAGCAAACAAAACCAAAUUCGCCAUUCUCCGCCCAUGGUUGUUAUUCUUUACAAUGAUUGAUAAGUUCCAUGAAAUCAUUCAUCCACCAAUUAAACCAGAGGCCUCUAGUAUCACUAGUCCCACCACCUCUACCACCACCGUAUUGGAACCUUGGAUAAUAGAUACCAAAACCAAUUUGGCAUCUCAUUAUUUGAAAAUUCAACAAGACUGUAAAUCAUUUUUAUCAUCCUUUGAAGAAGAGUACUCUGUUUUUGAAGAAGAAUCUGAAUUCUUUGACGAUUUGGGUUUAUUAAAAGAAAUAUUGGCUCUAGAUUCAAAAGACUCUAAUACCUAUAUUAAUAAUAUUGAACAAUUGGUAAAACAAAAAAAAUAA